GAACAUUCACACAUCGGUAUAUGAUGUGCGUAAAUUGUCACCAACACAACGAAAAGCAUAUGGACAAAGGUGGACGAAGUAUAUGAAGUGAAGUGGGAGAGGGCUCACUUCGAAACGAGCACUGUAGUCAAGUAAAAAAACGGGUUGAGAAAAUGAGCGAGAUGGAGCGAUUCUUCAACGUCAAUAACUAUCGCCAUGUUGUACGGGAAAAUGCCGACUGUGUUUCAUUUGACAUAUGUCUUUGAGUUCAGCAAACAGGAACUUUUCUAGGGUGGAAAAUUAAUACUUUUUCAUGUCCAAAAGUAAACCCAAAGAUCCGUGCAAACCGGCUGCCUGCAAAAUUCAAACCUGUCUGAGAGAACACAACUACGACGAGGUAAAGUGCUACGAUGUCAUCGAUGAUAUGCGGCAAUGCUGCCUAAAGUGGCACAAGGUAUCACUUUGCUGUUCCGGGAUUCAACUAGAUCGUGAUUACAAAGCCGAAAAGGAAAGCAUCCUACGGGAGCGAGAAGCAACCAGCAAGGGAAAUGCACCCUGA